CUAGGAAUUGAAGAAGGUUGAGGCUAAAUGUGAGCAGUUGUCCAUGGAGAACACCAAACUGGUGGGCCAUCAGAACCCUCAUCAGAAGAUCCAGCUCCAUGUAGCCAUCAAGAAGGAAAACAAUGAACUCAAGGAGGAAAUCAGCAAGCUGAGAAAACAGCUGUGGCAGAAGAACAACCUGCUGAGUCAGCGAGAAGCCGAAGGCGGCCGUGCCCGGCACAAGUCGGCUGACGCCAGCAGUCACUCCCAUAACAAGGAGAACAACCAUCUUGGUCCACACAAUGUCAUCGUAUGACAGCCAGACCUCUGGUACAAUCUGUACGGUCCAAGUCUGUAGCUACUGAAUAAACCGAUCUCACUGCCACGUUUCUCUUGGCCUGUCAAACAUCUCAACACACUGGCUACCUCCUACUCUAUAAGAGGUGGUACAUGUAUUUGUAUAUAUUGAUCCUGUCUCCUGUCACCUUCUGUCUCUAUUUGGUGAUGCCAAACAAAUUAGAAACAAGACUUUAUCCUGUUUCAAAGUCCCAUUUGUGCCACAGAGAAGGGCAGUCGUGAAUGUACAUUUUGUAAUACGAUAAUCUAUGUGUAGGAGUGAGAAAUGUCAGUAGGUUCUUAAGUAUGAUGAUGACUGGUACCAAUGCCAGAGUGAAAGUCAAGUAUGAUCUUCUAUAUUGAGAUGAAGGCUUUGUAGCUUUUGUAGGAUAAUGUGGGUACAUUACUUGCAUGUACUUGCAGAAAAGAAAUCACAAUUGAUUCAAGUGAAUGAAAUCUAGCCUUGAAACUGAAGACAACCUCACUUGACAACAUACUAGAAUAAUACCCUUCACACAUGUAGAAACAAUAACAUGAAUGUAGUUAGAAUCAUUAGUAUCCAAAUUGUUCUGUCCUUCCCUAUACUAGUGCUAUGUCUUGUUUUGUUCUCUCCUAUCAGGUUUUGCAUACCAAACUUUCACUUAAAUCUCUCAGGAAUUUUAGACACUAUCUUGUCUCAAUAACCAUUGA